AUGGAAUCUGUACCCAUCGCCGUCUUUGUCUACGGUGAUUACGUAAGGACAGGACCACGUGAGCUCACCGUGUUCGAUGCAGCUGCGAUCCAGCCAAUCCUGGGAGUUCAUUCCAAGACUACCAAGGGCCCAUUCUUCGAUGUCAUGGAAAGAUCCCUGCAUCUCAAUCGCGACAAGACUUUUCAUCGACAGCGACGCCGGGUUUGGGAUAAUGCAUUCAAAGCAUCACUCUCUGACUACGCUCCUCAAAUCGAGCAUUUCACGGAUCAGUUACUCAUAAGACUCCGCAAUGAAGAAGGACAGCCCAUUCCUCUCCUUGAAUAUACCACCUACUACAGCUACGAUGUCAUGGCAGCUCUGGCUUUUGGAAAGCCUAUGGGCUUCAUCAAGGGUGAACAAAGCGAUGUCGCAGCAAGCAUCCUCGCCACUUUCACCAACAGUGUCCAAGCCUUGGGCUACAUGUACCACAUGCCAUGGCUGAUGAACGCAAUCGGAGUCCUCACAUCAAUCGCCGGCCCCAUGAAAGAAUGGCGAGACUGGAGUGUCAGUCAAAUGCGAAUCCGAAUGAAGAUCCACCUACAGGUCCGAGACGCGAAACCAGACCUCAUCUCCCACCUGAUUACCUCGACGCCCAAAACCCACGAAGGCCGCGAACUCCUCUUCGGCGAGUCCCGCCUCAUCAUCUCCGCUGGUAGUGAAACUACUUCCACAGCCCUAACCUUCAUCUUCAUGCAACUCGCCACACACCCUCACUAUAUGACCGCCGUACGCAACGAGUUCCUAGCCAAACACCCCUCACACACAUGCCAAAACGCCCUCCCCUUUCUCGAAGCAGUCAUCCAAGAGUCCAUGCGCAUGUGGCCCUCCGUCUUCUUCGGCUCCCAACGCGUAACCCCACCCCAAGGUGUCGAGAUCUCGGGCCACUUGAUCCCCGGAAACAUUAUCGUACACAUCCCUCUUUUCCCGCUGUUCCGCGACCCCAGGAAUUUCGUCUGUCCCGAUGAGUUUAUACCUGAGCGGUGGACGACUAGACCAGAGUUGGUGCGGAAUAGAGCGGCGUAUAUACCGUUUUCUACGGGUGCGCAUAGUUGUGCGGGGAAGAAAUUGAGUCUCAUGGAGUUGAGGAGUGUGGUGGGCAGGGUGAUCAGUGAGUUUGAUGUCGUGCUUGAAGAGGGCACGGAUGUGGGGGCGUUUUGGGAGGGGGUUAAGGAUCAUUUUACCGCGGGCCCGCCGAGGAUGAUGGUGAGGUUUGUUAAAGGCGGCUGA